AUGAGACAAUCAAAUCAGACACAGGUGACUGAAUUCCUCCUUCUGGGACUCUCUGAUGACCCCCACACCCAGAAGCUGCUAUUCAUUGUAUUCCUGGGUGUCUACCUGGUCACCGUGCUUGCAAAUCUGCUUCUCAUGUGCCUUGUGCAGGCUGACUCCCGGCUUCACACACCCAUGUAUUUUUUCCUUUGCAACUUAUCUCUGGCUGACCUCUGUUUUUCUACCAACAUCAUUCCUCAGGCCCUAGUCCACCUGCUAUCCAGGAAGAAGGUCAUUUCAUUCACACGUUGUGCAGCUCAGCUUAUACUCUUCCUCAUUUUUGGAUGCACACAGUGUGCCUUUCUGGCAGUGAUGUCCUAUGAUCGGUAUGUGGCCAUCUGCAACCCUCUGCAUUACCCUAGCGUCAUGACGUGGAGGGUGUGUGUCCAGCUGGCUGCAGGAUCAUGGACCAGCGGCAUUCUGGUGUCUGUGGUGGAUACCACUUUUGUACUAAGGCUACCCUACCGAGGCAGCAAUAGUAUUGCUCAUUUCUUCUGUGAGGCCCCUGCACUGUUGAUCCUGGCAUCCACAGACACCCGCACUUCAGAGAUGGCCAUUUUCCUCAUGGGUGUCAUGAUUCUCCUCAUACCUGUUUCCCUAAUUCUGGUGUCCUAUAGCCACAUCAUAGUGACUGUGGUGAGGAUGAAGUCAGCUGUGAGAAGGCUCAAGGCAUUCUCUACCUGUGGCUCCCACCUCCUGGUGGUCAUCCUUUUUUAUGGAUCAGCAAUUGUCACUUACAUGACAUCAAAGACUUUCACUUUCAAAGAACAGGAAAAACUGUUGUCUGUGUUCUAUGCAAUGGUGACACCCAUGCUUAAUCCCCUCAUCUAUAGCCUGAGGAACAAGGAUGUGAAGGGAGCUCUGAAGAAAGUAGCAACAAGGAAUUUCAGCAAUAGAAAGAUCAUUAUGUACUCUGGGUUGUACCUGUCUCUGUCCUCAUUGGUGGUGAACUCUGGUGUUCUGCCAUGUCACAUUCUCAAAGAAGCUUUGUCCAGGGCUGUAUCAGACACCCCAGGUAAAUCCUGGGCCGUGGCUGAGUCAGUCUCUGUAAAGAAGCCCUGUGUUGUGCAGCAUUAG